ACUCGACCACCUUUCUUCCAUCUCACUCCCACUCCAACCAUCUCGACUCGAUCGCGCGCCCGAACUUACACGUUCCGACCGCCGAGUCAAUCACUUUCCUGGAAGAAUCGGUCGAAAAACGAGAGAAUUGGUGAAGCGCGCAGCUGGCGAAGGUCGCUUUGUUUUGGGUGGCCCGAUAGGGCGGGAGGUCAUUUCUGGCCACAUCGCGCAGCCAUCUGCGCAGGAGUGCGAUCAUCCCGAUCGUUGCUGAAGAAUAAAUAUCGUCUCCCAAGGAUAUCCCAAGGAUAUUACGAGCAAUCAUGUCGAACCUCAAUUUCCCGUAUUCGAGCGCGCCUCUGCGCACCGUUGAGGAGAUUCAGUUUGGCCUCUUCUCGGCCAAGGAAACUGAACGCCUCGCGGUCAUCGAAAUCGAAUAUCCGGAGACGAUGGAUGAGCAACGCCUCAGACCUCGCGAGAAAGGUCCGAACGAUCCUCAUCUCGGGACGAUCGAUCGCAAUUUCAAGUGCAGUACUUGUGAAGAGAACAUGUCGGAAUGUCCUGGUCAUUUUGGUGUCAUCAAGCUUGCAACUCCAGUCUAUCACUAUGGCUUCAUGGGGAAAGUCAAGAAGAUUUUGGAGACGGUCUGCCUCAACUGUGGCAAGAUCAAAGCACUUGAUAAUGAAGAAUUUCGCCACGCCAUCUCUCUCCGUGAUCGAAAGCGGCGGUUCGAUGCCGUUUGGCGGUUGAGCAAGCCUCGUAACGUCUGUGAAGCAGAUCCUCCCGAAGACCCCGAUCAGCCACUCAAGGGACCUGCGCCACCCAAACAUGGUGGUUGUGGUAACAUGCAGCCAGAGAUUCGACGUAGCGGGUUGCAACUAUGGGCGACCUGGAAAGCCCGAAAGGGUGAAGAUGAGGAAGACACCACGCCGGACAAGAAACGUAUCUUCCCACAAGAUGCACUCAACACCUUCCGCACUCUGACUGACGAAACCCUGGAAAUGAUGGGUCUCAGUCUGGACUAUGCUCGGCCGGAGUGGAUGAUCCUCUCGGCGCUUCCUGUUCCUCCUCCACCAGUCCGCCCUAGUAUAAGCGUGGACGGUAGUGGUCAAGGACAACGCGGCGAAGACGAUCUGACUUUCAAACUUGGAGAUAUCAUUCGAGCCAACCAAGCGGUCUUGCGGACGGAAGUCGAUGGCACACCAGACCAUAUCAAGGUGGAUCUGUGCGAUUUGCUUCAAUAUCAUAUCGCCACAUACAUGGACAACGAAAUCGCUGGGUUGGAGCGGGCGCAACACAAGAGUGGGCGUCCCAUCAAGUCGAUCCGUGCUCGGUUGAAGGGCAAAGAAGGCAGACUGCGCCAGAACCUGAUGGGCAAGCGUGUUGAUUUCUCUGCUCGUACUGUCAUCACAGGUGACCCUAAUCUGUCAUUGGACGAGGUCGGUGUCCCUCGCAGCAUUGCUCGCACCCUGACUUAUCCCGAAACCGUCACUCCUUUCAACCUGGACAAGCUCAAACGUCUCGUGGCGAAUGGCCCUACCGAGCAUCCGGGAGCGAGAUAUGUCAUUCGAGACACGGGCGAGCGUAUCGAUUUGCGUCACCACAAGCGAGCCUCAGAAAUGACCUUGCAGUACGGGUGGAAGGUUGAACGCCAUAUCCAGGAUGGAGAUGUCAUCUUGUUCAACCGUCAGCCCUCCCUUCACAAGGAAUCCAUGAUGGGACAUCGUGUCCGCGUGAUGCCUUACUCAACUUUCCGUCUCAAUCUGUCCGUGACUACACCGUACAACGCCGACUUCGAUGGUGAUGAAAUGAACUUGCACGUUCCACAGAGUGAAGAAUCGAGAGCUGAGCUUGCCAAUCUUUGCAUGGUUCCGCUCAAUAUUGUGUCUCCUCAGCGAAACGGUCCAUUGAUGGGUAUCGUGCAGGAUACGCUCUGCGGUAUCUACAAGAUCUGUCGUCGUGACAUCUUUUUGACCCGAGAACAAGUCAUGAACAUCAUGCUCUGGGUGCCCGAAUGGGACGGUGUGAUCCCUCAACCUGCUAUCAUCAAGCCUAGACCUCGCUGGACGGGGAAGCAGAUGAUCAGCAUGGUCCUUCCACGUGCUCUCAAUCUGGAGCGAUUGGACGCGAAAGGCGAAGACCCAUACGUACCUGCCAACGAUACCGGUCUCAUGGUCCUCGAAGGCCACCUGAUGUUUGGAUUGUUCAGCAAGAAAUUCGUGGGAACGAGUGCUGGUGGUGUUAUUCACACCAUCUUCAACGAGUUCGGCCAUGAAGCUGCCAUGGCUUUCUUCAACGGCGCUCAGCAUGUGGUCAAUUACUGGCUUCUACACAAUGGUUUCAGUAUCGGCAUUGGUGAUACAGUACCCGAUCCAGAGACCGUGCGGAAGAUUCAAGAAGUUGUUGACGAAAAGAAGAAAGAAGUCGAGGAGAUCACUAUUCGAGCCUAUAAAGAGGACUUGGAACCGUCGCCUGGCAUGAACGUCCGUCAGACGUUUGAGAGCAAGGUCAUGAACGCCCUCAAUCAAGCGCGUGAUCAGGCUGGUGCUGUCACCGAGAACAGCUUGAAGGAUCUCAACAAUGCCAUCACCAUGGCCCGAGCUGGUUCAAAGGGUUCCACGAUCAAUAUCGCCCAGAUGACGGCUAUCGUCGGUCAACAGGCCGUCGAAGGCAAACGUAUCCCCUUUGGCUUCAAGUAUCGAACUCUGCCUCACUUUGCAAAGGACGACUACUCUGCACCGUCUCGAGGCUUCGUGGAGAACUCGUACUUGCGUGGUCUGACACCUACAGAGUUCUUCUUCCACGCCAUGGCUGGUCGUGAAGGUCUUAUUGACACUGCGGUCAAGACUGCCGAGACAGGUUAUAUCCAGCGUCGUCUCGUCAAGGCACUGGAAGAGGUUACUGUCAAAUAUGACUCGACUGUCCGUGACUCUCGUGGUAACAUCGUUCAGUUCAUCUACGGAGAAGAUGGUCUUGAUGGUGCACACAUCGAGAACCAGAAGGUUGACAUCAUUACAAUGUCGGACAAAGCCUUCAACAAUCGCUAUGCCGUGGACAUCAUGAGCGGUGAUACUUCCAUGUGGAGAGGUAAACUGCUUCAGGCGAGAGAGAUCCAAGGUGACACCGAGUUGCAAGAGAUGUUUGACGAGGAGCUUGAAGCUCUUCGUGAGUCUCGAGAGUUCCUGCGCAAGAUGGGCAAGGGUACGGAAGACUCUAUGCAGCUCCCACUCAACAUCGCGCGUAUCAUCGAUCAAGCCCAGAAGAACUUCAAGAUUCGUCGGGGCGACAAGACCGAUCUGGAUCCUCGUCAUGCUCUCAAUGCGGUCAAGCAGUUGCUGGAUCGCUUGGUUGUUGUUCGUGGCGAUGACCCUAUUUCCAAAGAAGCUCAGUCCAAUGCCACACUUCUGCUUAAGGCUCAGUUGCGGUCGCGCCUAGCGUACAAGCGGCUGGUGCUUGAGCAUGGUCUGAAUAGACUGGCAUUUGACAACGUCAUCGGCGCUGUGGAAAGUCGAUUCCUCGCCGCCCAUGCAAACCCUGGUGAAAUGGUUGGUGUUCUUGCUGCUCAAUCUAUUGGUGAACCUGCCACUCAAAUGACCUUGAACACUUUCCACUUUACCGGUGUGUCGGCCAAGAACGUUACCCUGGGUGUACCACGUCUCAAGGAAAUCUUGAACGUGUCCCAGAACAUUCGGACGCCCUCGAUGACUGUUUAUCAACUGCCUGAAAAUGCAGGUGAUAAGGAGGCUGCCAAACUUCUGCGAUCUCGCGUGCAGCACACCAACCUGCGGUCAGUCGCGGAGACUUGCGAGCUGUGGUAUGACCCUGAUAUCCAGAGUACCAUCAUCCCGGAAGACUUGGAUAUGGUCGAGUCUUACUUCAUCAUCCCCGAGGACAAUGAGGCAGACCUGUCCCUUCACUCCAAAUGGUUGUUGCGUAUCAUCCUGAGUCGUGCCAAACUGCUGGAUAAGGGUUUGAACAUUCAGGAUGUCGCCGGGAAGAUCAAGUCGACCUACAUGAAGGAUCUUUCCGUCAUCUUCAGUGACAUCAACGCUGACGAGCAAGUCAUCCGCAUUCGUCUCGUCAAUUCCUAUGCCAAAGAUGAAGAGGAAGACCGCAAGGAAGAUGAUGAGGUGCUCCGCCGCUUCAUGAAUGAGAUGCUCGACCAUUUGACUUUCCAUGGUGUUCCUGGAGUAUCCCGAGCAUUCAUUGACCAGAAGAGUCGCGCCAUCAUCGACGACGACAAUUCCGUGUUUAUGUCCAAGAGUGACCCACGGUGCAAUGAGUACGUGCUCGAGACCAGCGGCAGUGCCUUUGCCAAAGUGCUUGCCAUCGAAGGCGUUGAUACCACUCGGACUUACACCAAUCGCUUCACUGAAAUCUUUGAAGUCCUUGGUAUUGAAGCCACCCGAGCCGCUAUUCUGCGGGAAUUGACGCAGGUGCUGUCUUUUGAUGGUUCUUAUGUCAAUGCUCGUCAUUUGGGUAUUCUUUGCGAUGUCAUGACCGCCCGUGGUUAUGUCAUGGCUGUUACUCGACAUGGUAUCAAUAAGUCCGACACCGGUGCACUCAUGAGAUGUUCCUUUGAGCAAACCGUGGAGAUUUUGCUGGAGGCUGCGGCUGCCGGUGAACUCGACGACUGUCGUGGUGUAUCGGAGAAUCUCAUUUUGGGCCAGGUUGCUCCUGUCGGUACUGGUGCAAUGGAGAUCCUACUCGACGAAAACAUGCUCUCUCAAGUUGUUAGUGACAACGCCAAUCUCGGUCUUGGAGGAGCUAUCGGUGUCAAAGGCUCGCAACAACUUCUGGACGGUGCUGCCACUCCAUACGACAUGGGAUCUCCCAUGCAGGAUACUGGCUAUCUUGGUUCGCCCGAUUACGGUGCUUCUUUCUCGCCAAUCCGUGCUUCGGGAGCCGAAACACCAGGCGGCUUUACAGAUUAUCAACCAGGUUUCGGUGGUGCUGGAGGAUUCAGUCCAUACGGUGCUCGAAGCCCAGGAGGUUAUUCGCCUGCCAGUCCUUUCGGUGGAACAAGCCCAACGUCGCCUGGCUUCUCUCCCACUGCUGGGUAUAGUCCUACCUCUCCAAUGUUUGGUGCCACCAGUCCUGGGUUUGGACCGACUUCACCGUCCUUCUCUCCGGCCAGUCCAGCGUUUACUCCUACUUCACCUGCAUACUCGCCGACGUCGCCUGGGUAUCAAGCCUCGCCGACUUCACCCAGUUAUUCUCCCACGUCGCCCAACUAUUCGCCGACGUCCCCGGCUUAUGGAUCUCCGACCUCUCCAAGCUACUCUCCUACAUCGCCGGCGUUUAGUCCAACCUCACCUACAUCGCCGACGUCGCCGGUGUACAGUCCCACGUCCCCAAUGUACAGCCCUACUAGCCCAAUGUACGGUGGAACUGGUAACAAGCAAUCUCCCACGUCACCGAGCUAUUCACCCACGUCUCCGACAUACAGUCCGACGAGCCCGACUUCUCCUACAAGUCCUUCGUACUCUCCUACCAGUCCGAUGUACAAUGCUUCCCCAACAAGUCCACAGGGUCGGCCGACGUCUGUCACCAGUCCGCAGUAUUCUCCAAAUAGUCCUCAAUACUCGCCGACUUCUCCAAAAGAGGAUUAGAUUCCUCUUGUACCAUCAUUCCUGACUUGAAUGUCAGCAAGUCAACCUCAAGCCCAGCGCAGGGUUGAUGGACGGAUCCAUUAACUUGACCUUCUGUCUUUCGAUCCUGUGUCUGGCGGCUGGGGUUUUAUGUUUUAUGCAAUGUUUUAACGCUCGGAAAAUCACAAGAUUGUUCUGGCGAGAAGCUGGGGAUGGUCAAGAAAUACGACCACCCUGCUUCUCUGCCCAUCACUUACUCCGGCAACAAAACCGAUAAAUGUUUGAUUAGCGACGGCGUUGGAUGGAUUUUCGCGUUUGUUUUCUCCAGACCAAGAAAUUGCUUUUGAUUGUAUUGGUUCUGAUCAGCUCACGAAGAGUUGUUGAAAGUGCAGGAAGAGAGGAUAUUCUUGCGUCAGGUGAGGUUCAAGGCGGCAAUUGGAGCUCUUUUCCGGGGCUUAGAAGUGUGCUUCGUGGAGGAAAGGGAAAGGAUAGUGAGACAUGCAUUGGCGGUCACAUGUAGUGGAAGGAGGAUUGGUUUCCAAUGGUGUGGUCUGCGGAGAUCAGGAUGAUAUUACCAUCUGUGGAGAAAACCGGGUCGUGGAGGGAAAGGGAGGGAAUUUGCCAGACAAGAAGCCAGCACAAGAGGUCAGGGCUUACCAUGCCUCAGCUCUGUGUGCGAGCGUGUGUGUAACUUUAUGAUUCCAAAAAGCAUUCUAGACUGGGUUUUGUCUAACUAGGAAAGUGAAGGGGCAGGCAGGCGACUGAGCCAGCCUGUCAGCCAGCAUUGCAUGCCAAAAGCAAGGCAGGGCAAGGCAAGGCAAAGUAGCAUCGCAACAUGCAAUCGAACAGACACUUUGCCUGCGUAACUAAGGUACGAAAUGUAUGUUAUUGCUCUGUCGAUCGGGUUUCUUUGGCAGUGCUCACUGUGGUGCUUGCCUGCUU